AUGUCAUUCAUCCUCCGCAAGCUCCAAGGCGGCAACCUGGAGGUAUUCAAAUUCGGCGUAUACAUCCUUUUUCCAAUUGGCUGGAUGUACUACUUUGGCACAAACCUCGAUGAUCGAUUCCAUAUAUCCGGAUUCUGGCCGUCGGAAGAACAGUCUCAUAAGAUCCCGCUAGACAAGGAGGAGAUUGAUAAUGAAAUUGCGCGGAUGCGCAAAAUGGAUGCGUUACGGCGAGAGCGGAGAAAGUUGGAGAUGGAAGCUCAGGCUCAGGGCCAAGUGCAGCAGGCUGCAGAAUGA